AGAAGUGUCAGGAAACCGAAGAAGGAGGGACAAGCGGUGCUGGUGUUUUGUCCGGUGGACACUUCACCACACGAGCUACAUAUGAGUCAAAGAACAAGCAAUGGUAUAGGUUCUGCGAGCACAUGGGUUUCCAGCACCGGGACACCGUAACUCCUGCCAAUGCCAUAAUGUACAUCUGGGAUUGGGUGCUCCGAUUGCCUCGCAAGCAUGCAGCUUUGGAUAACUUCAAUCAAUGCUUAAUGCUGAGGGAACCAAUGAGCAGACAACGCUUCAAGCGGGGUCAACCAGCGAGACUGAGGCAACCGGCGAGCAGGAGGCCAGUGGGGAGGGGGCCAAUGAUGCAGAGCGACGCAACGUCGCUGUUCGUCAGUUGGAAACCUCCUUCGAUCUGAGCGCGGUAGGAGCAGGAUCGCGAGAGGCAGCUGCGGGCCGCCUGCUCAAUCGCGAGCUCAAACCCAGGCCUACGUUGCAGCGCUAGUGGAUUUGGGGGAAGCUCUUAUCAAGUGUCUUGUUCCUGUGAUCAAAGAUCUUUUCCCUCCCUGUAUAGAAACUGUUUUGAUUCCUCUGGUCGACAACGUGUUGAGCGUGUACAAUCUUGCUUAUCUUGAUCAACACACUGAUCGGACGCUGAACCUUUUAGAUCAGGCAGUGCAUAAGUUCAGUCAAGAAGCACGCUCACUUCACAGAGAAUCAAUCGCUCUGCGGUCUGAAAUCCUUGCAAAAGACCCAAUCGGCGUGUACCCUCCUAUUCCUACUCCACCCCAAAAUUUCAUAUGCUUGGAUCGUUGAACAACUACACGAUCGCCUUUGUAAUGACCUUGGAAGAGACUGAACGUGGUGCCAGAACUUCAACACAGUCUGGAGCUCAGCACUUGCGAAACGCGAUGGGUUUGGCAGGACCAGAACAUAGUCAUCUUUGGCGUAAGAUCCACGCGAUCAACCACUGGCUAUGUCUUCAAGGUCGAACAGCACUGUGGGAUGAGCUCAAGUCCCAAUACUUGGCUGCAGUAGGAGCAAGACAGGCGCAUCUUUUGCAGCAAAUGUGGACAUCGCCUGUGAUGGCGGGAGAGGAUCGAAAUCCUCGAACGUUUAUUUCUCGUGGGAAGCCUACCGAUCCGACGCAAACAACUGGUGUCACUGUAAACUCUCAGGUAUCCUCAAUGCCCCUUCACACUUCUUCUUCACCUCCGCUUUCUCCGUCGACCUCCGCUCACUCACCUGAGCGACAAGGGAAGUCGGGGGCUAAGACUACAAGGCGUUACAAGGGCGAAGAUCGCCGAGCAGUUGAUGAUGCUCUGGUCAAUACCGUAGCUGCCAUAAAAAUUGAAUAUGAACAGAACGAACAUCACGUCAUCAUCCUUGGUCAUGAAGGCGACAGCGAUGGCGCCGAAGAAGUGGUGAAGUCAAAAAAGGAGGGAAAACAAAAGAGUGGAGGUAAGAAGGAGAAGAAAAUGCACAAGUUUGAGCUGUGCAAAGGUUUAUGGCAGGAGGUAGAGAAGAGGCUUCAAAAGGACGAUAGGAUCGUCAAUCUGGGCGCCAACAAUCGUUCUUACUGGGCUGCUACGUUUCAGCAGCUCAGGAGCGAAUGGUAUAACCCUAUUGACCAGGUCAUAGAUAAGUCCGGCAGAAAUUGGAUUGACAAUAAACUGCAGUUGAGCGAAGAGGACUGCUAGCCAGAAACCUUCAAUACUGACAAAGCAAAAAUCAAUCAACAAUCGGCGACAUGUGGAUGAUUUCGCAGGAAAACUCAGCAAAAGCAUUCAGACCCCGGUGAUCAGGAGCUAUUCUCUCCAGCCGGAAGAUGAAGAGGCCAAUCGUAAGGUUUUGCAAGAGGAAAAGAGGGUAGAAGAGGACAUUGUCAAGUUCAGGGAGGGGGGUUACCGAGCCGCUGUGUCCGUUUUAUUAUCAGUCACUGCCGACAGAAGAAGUGAGGCGAGGCUUCGUUCGUUAUAUAACAGGGAUGUUGCAUAGUGGGAAUCUGUGAAGAUGAAUUUUCGUAUAAUCCCCU